AUGCCAGAAAGGUUAAGACUAGUAGAAGAGAUAUAUUCUUCCAAGUUUAACAGUGAACAGAAGCCACCUCUACAGCUGUUUCUUCAUUCAGUGAAGGAUUUUGUUGUUUUUUUGAUUGAACCCAAAGUAUUAUUGUCAAUAGUUAAAGAGGAAUAUGAUAUCACCAGUAAGGUCUAUACAUUUGGUAUGCGAGCUGAUAAAGGACAUACAUUAAAUAGUUCUAAUAUAUUUAAAUUAGAGCUAGCUAAGGUCCAUUUGAAUAAUGAUAAUUUAACCCUUUAUAUGCCAGCCAAUGUGGGUCGCUUUGUUGACGAAGAAAUUCCAGAAUCGACCUUCAUAGAAUGCGAUAACAGAAGGGUUAAUUUGUUUUAUGAUUCUUACCCUGACUACAAAGUGUACUACAGAAAUUUUCACUACAAGGCAUCCAUACUAUUACAUGAUUUAAAACAAGCAAUGGAUGAUGCAGGAAUAAAAUUUUGGCUGGAAGGUGGAACACUGCUAGGAUGGUAUCGACAAUGUGAUCUUAUUCAUAAUACUCGUGAUAUGGACAUUGAAAUAUAUGCUAAACAUUAUAAACCAACAAUGAAAAAAUCUUUAGGAUCACACGACUUGUACUUGAUUCGAGAGUUGGGAAAGUUGCAAGACAGUUUUGAGAUGACGUUUAAGAAAUAUUCUAUUCGAUUAGAUGUGUUUUGUCUUUAUGAAGGAAAAGAUGACAAUUGGACAGGAGCAGUGGGUGGAAAUGGUACAAAAUACAGGUUUAUGAUACCUAAAAUUCAAUUAUGUUGGGGUGAAUUGCUUGGAGUUCCUGUCCGUGUUCCUUGCAACACGUUUGAAUUUGUAAAAAAAGUAUAUGGUGAUGAUUGGAAUAAAACAGCAGAAAACUGGAUAUGGGAUGAAAGCCCCAAAAAUUUAAUAGUGGUGGGGGAAUACUCUGGAGAAGAAAUGGAUAAGUACAAUGUUUCAAUGGAAUCCUACAUAGAUAUCAUAAAGGAUUGGUUUCGCAGUAUCUUUAUUGAGAUUUAUUAUUUCUUUUUUUUCCUGAAUCUGACCCCCUAG